AUGCAGAAGCGCGGUGGCGGCGGUGGCGAGCGGCCGGCGGUGAGGAAGGGGGCGUGGACGGCGGAAGAGGACGAGGUGCUGCUGCAGCACGUCCGGGAGCACGGGCCUCAAGAUUGGAGCUCCAUUCGAUCCAAGGACCUCCUCCCGCGCACCGGCAAGUCCUGCCGCCUCCGGUGGGUCAACAAGCUCCGGCCGAACCUCAAGACGGGGUGCAAGUUUUCUCCGGAGGAAGAACGGUUGGUGAUCGAUAUGCAGGCGCAGUUCGGGAACAGAUGGGCCAGGAUCGCGACGUAUUUGCCCGGACGGACGGACAACGACGUGAAGAACUUCUGGAGCACGCGGCAGAAGCGGCUGGCCAGGAUCUUGCGGGCACCCCUGCCCCGCCGGAGGCCUGGCAAGCAGAGCCGCAGCGCUUCUUCUGCACCAUCCCAUGAUUUGCCCGCCCAGAAGCCUCUCCGUCAGGGCCCGUGCUCUGACAUGAUACCCUUCCAGGAGACGACGCACCACAUUGGCCAGAGCAGCAGCCAGGAGCCAUGCACAGAGAACCAGUGCGCCGACGCGCCGUUCGCCGGACUGCUCGGCCUGGAACUGCUCGGCCUGCCGUCCCCCGUCGAGUUCGCUAUGGACGUGGCAGUAGAAUGCGGCUCGUCCAGCGCUGCUCCCACGGCCCGUCCGCCCUUCGGUAGCGACGCCGGGGACCCGGUUUCCGGCGUUGCCCCGCCGGCGUUCGUCGACCAUGCUCGGUUCGUCGAUGCGGCCUCGCUGCAGCACGACGCUGUCGCCUACCUGGAGCCGCUGGCAGUGGUGCCGCCGGCCCCGUUCUUCGGCCUGGACGACGACUACGGGAACGUGGGCUCUGCGCUGCAUCAGGACAUGUCUGGAGUGCUCUUCGACGACCUCCCGCCGGAGGCGUUCGACUUCUUCGAGCUGCCGCCGUCGCCACCUCCGUUCCCGCCGCCGUCUCCGUCGCCCGCCGCCCAGAUGUAG